CUUUCUCUUUUUCUCUGUCUCUUUACAAAGAUUUUACAUAUACAAAUAAAGUAUAGAGAAACAUAGAAUUAAUUUAUCCGAACAGUGCCAUCUGAGAGGUGAAAUAUCUGUAAAUUUGAUACCGUAUUAAUUUUAAAAUGGGAUUAUUUGGAUAUAUCAAGAAAUACUCAGGGAUAUUCCUAGCAGAUAUAGCGACUUCAAUAGGCCUUUAUUAUUUAUGGAACAAGGGACAUAAGUACUUGGUCCCAACGGUGUCCUUAUGUGGUAUCGGUGUUUCUUACCUAUGUUGCCGUCUAAAAGCUCGAGACAAAUUGACCUCGAAAGAUGCGAUUGUCAUAACUGGCUGCGGUUCAGGGUUAGGAUACAGUCUGGCUCUGCAUUGCCGACAACUAGGGGCAACUGUAAUCGCGGGUGUAUUGCAAAUGGAUUGUCCCACAGUUGAAGAACUAGAAAAAGCAGGAGUAAUCGUUUUCCCUUUAGAUCUCAUGGAACUCAAUAGCAUUACAGGUUUCACGGAUUCCGUUCGUCGUACUAUAGGGGAAAAGAAAUUAGUGUUACGAAGUGUAAUCAAUAACGCAGCCAUAAUGGUCUUCGGCGAAUUCGAAUGGCAAACGUAUGGGCAUCUUAGGACUCAGGUGGAAGUUAACUUUCUCGGUGCUACAAUAGUCACACAAGAUUUGAUGCCGAUUAUCCGCGGACAUUAUAGUCGGAUUAUCGUGGUCUCAAGCCACUGUAACACGCAGCCAAUUCCAGGAGCUGCGAUUUAUAGUGGAACGAAGGCUGCUAUUACCGCUUGGGCCACUGGCCUUAGGGUGGAAUUGAAGAAGUAUGGCAUCAGUGUUAUUAGCGUUGUUCCUGGUUCCUACAUUAGAGAGACCAAUAUAUUUAAUCAUCAAGCUGAUCACUUUGAGGCGAUGAAGUGGGUGAUGUCCAAGGAAGUACAAAACUUUUAUGGUGAUUACUUAACUAGAUAUAUAAAAUAUUUCACAUCCCUGGUGGAAAAGAUAGGUCUGCAAAAGAUACGAGACAAUCGUAUCUAUGAAAUCUUCGAAGCUGCUCUUCUGGACAGAUAUCCAUCACCAACCUACAAGAAUGAAUCAUGGCGUUAUACGAUUUACCAUGCCUUAUUUUCAAUCACACCAACCUUUUUGCGUGAUUAUCUGGUCCAGAAAUUCGUACAUGGCCCUGCAUGGACGAAAGACGAUGCUAUGAAAUCUGUGGUAUCCGUCCAGAAAGCGAUGAAUGGAUUGUAUAAAAGGCAUAGCAAAGAUGAUUGAUAAGAAUAAAAAUGAAAUUCAGAAGAAAUAUUGAUCUCAAUAUUAAAAACAAAUGAAGAAAAUGAAUUGUAAUGUGUUUUUUCGCAUAAAAGCAAAAAUAAAAUAUAAAAAAAUG